UUUCAAGAAGCGUCAACGUCAUCUAACCGCGUCGCACCUUAUCAACAGACUUUUGCACUCGAAAAUGCAUCUGAAUUUUGAAAGAUCCACGGAGACAUUCUCAUACCUUAAGCUCAGACGGUGGAUUGUCAAUUUCACGGCCAGCAGUGCCCGUCUCCAGCAGCAAUGGAUCAACUAAUUCAACGCGAUGAUCUUCUUCAGAAUCCGCCCACACCCUCCUCCUCCGUUGUACCAUGCGUUGAACUUCCCGGCCACCCAAUUCGUUCUCAAUCCAGCUCCAGGUCUGAAGGGGAGUUCAAGGAUUCUGCAGCUGCUAGAAAAGUUCAGAAGGCUGACAGAGAGAAAUUAAGAAGGGGUCGUUUGAAUGAGCAAUUUGUCGAGCUGGGAAAUAUUUUAGAUCCUGAUAGGCCCAAGAAUGACAAAGCAACCAUUUUAAUGGAUACCAUUCAACUGCUGAAGGAUUUGACAUCUCAAGUGAACAAGUUGAAAGCUGAAUAUGCUACUUUAACGGAAGAAUCACAAGAGCUAGCCCAGGAAAAAAGUGAUCUAAGAGAAGAGAAGGCAUUGCUUAAAUCUGAUAUCGAGAAUCUUAAUGCUCAGUAUCAGCAGAAACUCAGGGCUACAUAUCCUUGGGCUGCCAUGGAUCACUCGGUUGUCAUGGCCCCUGCCCCCUUUCCAUUUCCCAUGCCGAUGCAAAUACCUCCAGGGCCAUAUCCCCUGCAUCCAUCCUUGCAGCCUUAUACGUUCUUUGGUAAUCCAGAUCCCAGGGUGAUUGCAAACCCUUGUUCAACCUUCGUCCCAUACAUACCUCCUAAUUCCUUGACUGAGCAGCAGUCCUCCCAAAAUGCACCACCUUUCAUUCAGUUAGACAAUCGGUCUCGUAACUUGAGUGAGCAAAAUACCGGGAGCAAGUCCUCAAGUGAAAGCAAGAUUGAGAAAAGUGUAGAUUCUAAUGAAGUUGCAACUUGCCUGGAGUUGAAAACUCCGGGAUCUUCCACAGAUCAGGAUACAUCGUACGAACAAACAAACGAUAAGAACAGAAAGGAAAGUAAUCUAUCAGAAGAGAGUUCUUCAAGUAGAUGUUCUUCAUCUCGUAGUUUAGAGGCCAAUUCGUCUAGUAGCAUGCCAAGUGGACGAAAAUCAACUGAUAUAUGUGGAAGCCCGUAAAAGUUGCAGGUUCGCCCAAAUUAAUGAUUCCCUGAAUUUUAUUUUGGAUGGUCUGUAAUUUACUCAAAAACUCCUUGGUGCUUAUCUAGUCGUCUGCAACUGAGGUGGAUCAUCUUCAAUGCAAUGUAAAGGGCCUUCGCACAAUUAAUAGUAUUUUGAGAUUAUCAACCAUUAUAUUUUUACCUUACCUCCUUUAUGAAGUCUUCGGAGUUGCAGCAGCCAUUCAAUCCAUCUUCAUCUUAUCUACUUGACUUGGCUGUACAAGUGCAAGCAAUAAGGUUAUGGUUCUAGGGUUGUUUUGCUGCAAAAAUCCCACACUGAGAAAUUAGCUAAAGCACUCUAAAGAUGGUUGGUCCAUUCGUUUGGAUGCUUUUUGUUUCCUUGUGCUAAAUUCCGAGGUUAUGUCAUUGUUGAUGUAUAAAAGAGAAUGUGACACAGAUAUUUGGUUUAAAAAAUCAUGUGGUAAUGACUCUGAGAGCAUAUAAAUAUGAAAUAUUCAUACAGAAAUUAUGUCUGAAA